UCCUUCUCAUAGGUGGACUUUGCCAACUUAUGAGACGACAUCUUUUUUUACAUGUACUCGACUGGGCUCAACUUUGGCCCCUCCUGCGCGAGCACGACGCCAAUGCCAUAUUGGCUGGCAUCCGUGGUGACUAUGAACGGCUUGUCAGGAUCAGGAAGUUUCAAGACCUCGUAAUUGACACCGACAAAGUAUCGGAUUGACUAUCAACUGUAUGAGGGGAAGCCAUGUAUUACAGAUACUGCGGAGGAGUGUCGCAAUUGUCUUAAUGCACGAGUGGGUAUGGUUGGCAAGCGAGUCAAACUGGGGAGCUGGGCCGAUCCACCCCAUUUUCUGCAGCCAAUUGUGACGAAGUUGACACCACCUGGUACUCGUGUCAUUCACACAUCAGCACGGAGCAGAAGCUGUGGAAAGCAGCAGGAUUAUCAUGUGAACACUGUCAGAAACUCUUUCCUGUGGGGUAGGAGGUCCCUUCUCGGUCUUCUGGAUUCCUUCAGACAAGCUAGCUCAGUCGCUCCAUUAGACUCAGGCUCUGCUUCUCGUGCUGAAAAGGAAGGUGGCAAGAGUGCGGGAGCGUCUGAUCUUCCACGGAUAAACAUCGGGAUGUUUGGAGCUAUGAAUGCGGGGAAGUCCACAUUGGUCAACUUGGUAACAAUGCAGGGAACUUCUAUUGUGGAUUCUACACCUGGAACAACAGCUGACACGAAGAUAGCAUUUAUGGAGCUGCACAGUGUUGGGCCCGUGAAGUUGUUUGACACAGCUGGUAUAGACGAGCAAGGUACGCUGGGGGAGAAGAAACGCCAGAAGUCACUAAAUGUCCUGAAGGAAUGUGACCUGGUCUUGCUGGUGGUCGAUCCUCUGAAAGGUUGUGAAUGGAACGAAGCUGCAUUGUUUACUUCAGAGGCUGAAGAGGGUGAGAGUGGUACAUUUCAGAAGAUGGAGGAAAGGCUAGAGAGUGCAGAGCUUACAUUUAGAGAGCUGUAUGUUUGAAGAAGCACUAUCGUUAUGAGUGCUCAGAAUGAGUGCUGCAUUUCGGCUGUUUAUAUCCAAGCCUUCUCUUCUUCUUUUCCCAUGUUCAUCCUUUGUGGGUGGUUUCUCCCCAUGAUUGUGUGUGAGCAAGAAGGGAAAUUCUUCUAUGUAUGUCGCCCUCCUUGGCAUCUCGAUUGGUGAUGAUGAGUGGGUUGUCUGAGCCCUGAAAUCGUGUACAAGACUACACGUAGCAUAUAUAGUAUGUACGAGUGGGCGCUGGAAAUCAUGACAUUGAAUGAAAUCCAAAGCCAAGG